UAGUGCGUCAGCGAUCACCUCUUGGGACUGAAAUGGCAUCAACUGAGGGAAACUCUCAGACGUUCAAGAUGAUGUCUUUGGACAACGACAUCAACCAACACUUCCAGGAUGCAAUUGAUGUGAUUCAACAGCAUUCAAGUAAUUCAUACUACGAUUCAGAGUACACCUAUUAUGAGACUCUGGGUACCCAGCAGCCGUCGUCAUUGCAUUGUCAGAUCUCCUGCUGCCUCGUCACACACCCGUCUGAUGUUCCAGCUCCAGCAUGUAACUGGAACGACAUGUCUCAGCAGUCUUGGCCUCAGGUCAUCCCCGAUGUCUCGUCGGGUCACUCUGUGCAAAAUGAAUCGCCCCAUUUCUACUCGGUCUUACCGCCACCGAGGAACAGCAAAGGUCGCAAGAAGCUCCGACUUUAUGAGUACCUCCACGAGGCCCUGAACAACCCCAACAUGGGCGACUCAAUCCAGUGGACAGACAACGGCAGCGGCACCUUCCACUUCAUCUCCAAGAACAAGGAGAAGCUGGCCGAGUGCUGGGGCCAACGCAAGGGCAACCGCAAGACCAUGACCUAUCAGAAGAUGGCGAGGGCCCUGAGGAACUACAGCCGCACCGGUGAGAUCAUCAAGGUGCGCCGUAAACUCACUUACCAGUUCAACCCAGAGAUCCUGCACAGGCUGGGCUCCGCGCAGGUGUCCGUGGCGCCGCACUGCCGGCCGGCACAGGAGGAGGGCCACGCCCGGCAGCAGAGCCCGGCCGAGCAGAGCUCCUGCGGCUCGGCGGACUGGCGCAGCUGGUACGGACACUACCAGCUGCAGGAAGACUACGACCUGGCCUCCAGCUUCACGCAGCACAGCGCAGCCAAGCUCUGAGCUGGAGGACGGUUUUAAAAACCUUUUUAAAGUCUGAAAAAAGGUUUACAAAGACUCUCAAACCUUUUCCGGGGCCACUUUCAGUCCCUAUUUAGAGUGUUCAUUUGUAAAUACUCUUUUAUUAUUAUUUUUUGUAUCCAAAGAUUUAAAUAAAAGCCACACAAUUCCAACAAAAAAAUAGUUACAUUUGUCUUGCAGCUCAUGCCAGU